GGAGGCGCGCGGCGCCGCACGGCCGACGUGGGGCUCGCGCUCUCGCGGUCUCUCCCGGGCGGGCGCGCAGGCACGCGCACUCGCGGGUGCGCGCGCGGACGGCCGGGCGGCGGCGGCUCCCGGAGGUGGUGGCUUCACUUUCCAGGACUCAGGGGCAGCUACAGCGACAGCCGCGGGCAGCAGCCUCAGGAGCCGGAGCUGGAACGGCCGGGGGCGGCGGCAGCGGCGGCGCUGAGGGAUCUAAAAUGUCCACUGAGGCACAAAGAGUUGAUGACAGUCCAAGCACUAGUGGAGGAAGUUCCGAUGGAGAUCAACGUGAAAGUGUUCAGCAAGAACCAGAAAGAGAACAAGUUCAGCCCAAGAAAAAGGAGGGAAAAAUAUCCAGCAAAACCGCUGCUAAAUUGUCAACUAGUGCUAAAAGAAUUCAGAAGGAACUUGCAGAAAUUACGUUGGACCCUCCUCCCAACUGUAGGUAAAGCAUUCCCAGUGGAAAUGGGAAGAGGCUGUGACUGGACAUAAACCUAACUACUGUGUCAUUUAACUAAUCAUGGGAGCCAUUCUAUAGAAGAAAGUGUUUUUUUUGUUGUUGUUUUUUUGAGACAGAGUCUUGCUCUGUUGCCCAGACUGGAGUGCAGUGGCACCAUACCAGUCCGCUGCAACCUCCGCCUCCCAGGUUCAAGUAAUUCUCCUGCCUGAGCCUCCUGAUCUCCUGCCUGAGCCUCCUGAGUAGCUGGAACUACAGGCGCAUGCCACCAUGCAUGGCUAAUUUUUGUAUUUUUAGUAGAGACAGGUUUCACCAUGUUGGCCAGACUGGUCUCGAACUCCUGAUCCCAAGUGAUCUGCCCUCCUUGGCCUCCUAAAGUGCUGGGUUUACAGGUGUGAGCCACUGCGCCUGGCCAAAAAGUGUAUUUUCCACAUCAUAGUAACUAAAAUGGUAUGUAGGGAAAGUGUGUGUGGGGGUUAUUUUUUGAAAUUAUAGCAUAGGAAGGUAUUGAGACAGAAAUUGGGAACAAUGUCUAUAUGUGUGAUCUCUACAAAGAACAACCAAUGCAAAAUCUAAUUAUUAUCACUAACUAUUUUUCUUCUCUGCUUAUUGUGAUAUUUGUACAGCAGUUUUUAACUUUUGAAGGAUUUCUGCAUGUGAUGUCAUUUAGUCUUUUCAACCACUUUCUGAAACUCCUGACAUUAAGUAACUUGUUCAAGGUUGCCUCAGCCUCCCAAAGUGUUGGAAUUACAGGUGUGAGCCACUGCGCCCGGCCAGGAAAACAUCUUUAAGGAGGGAUGUGAACUUGGCUUUGAAGAAUGGGUGGAAUUUGGAAAGGUAAAAGGAAAUAGGGAUGGCUUUACGUAAGAGAAUGAAUGGGAGCAGAAACAUAAAAGGGGAGGAUUUAGUAUAGUUAUUCUUGGGACAGUGAGUUUAACAGGUUGGCCCUCCUUCCCAUGUGGGAGGUAAGAUUUGUUAGGACUUUCUAGGAAGGAUGUUAAAAUUACCAGUCGCUGUAGUUUGAGGUUUAAAUACUGAGUAAAAGAGAAUGAAAUGGAAGUUUUGAUUUAAAAAAAUUGUGUUAUAGAAAUUGAUUUGUAAUAUGGAGUGGAGAAAGAUAUAAAGAGUUUGGGAAUCCAGUAAAAAAAGUGUUGCAUGAAUACAGGUUCAAGUUAUAUAAGACCUGGUGAUGUGAUACCAGGAAGACCACAAAAAAAAAAAAAAAAAAAAAAAAGGCAGUGGAAAUGGGAGACGUUUUUGAACUGGCCCACUUUGUUGAUAGUGUGGUUUUGAGAGACAAAGUUAAUGAUGUCAAGGAUGACUUUAAAGAGUGUGAUAUUUUAGACUAGAAUGGUGAUACUAUUGGCAGAAAUGGAUUUGUCUCUAUGGCCUCUACAGAUCUUAAAAUUGAUAAUACAUCCUUCUUUAUUUGGUUUGGCUGCCUGGAAACUCAUAGCCUUAUUUGCUCCUCAGUGUUAGUAAUUAAUUGCAUUUUGUGUAGAAACCUCAACUCUCUGGUUGUAUUUUAUUUUUCUACCCUUUUCCCUCUUUUAUAUCCAUAUCUUCAUUUGUACUUUCAUACUACAUACAUUUUUGUAAGCCAGCUCAGAGUCUUUUGGAGGGAGGCAUGUUAUUGGUAAACGUACAAUAUGAAUAACUGAAAGUUUAUGUGAAUGUGUAUUGGUUAGCAAAAUGCUGGCAUAGUUUUUAAGAGGAGUCAUUAACAUGAUAAAAUUUAAAUAUACAUUGAGGACCUAUGUUAUUUAUUUAGGGUACUGAAUUAUUUGUAUCCAUCUCUUUUUCCUUUAUCUAAAACAGGUAAUUGAGGAAUAUUUUUAAUUCAAUCCUGUGAGUUCUUGACUCAGUUGCUACAGUGUUGAGUGGUUUUGGAUAGACUUUUUGAAGACAAAAAACUUUAAGUAACAUUGGAAAUGCAUGUACUAAGUGACUAGAACAGUUAACAAGAAUGGAAUAGCACCUGCAGGUGGGAUAGCUGCAGAGUUGGGGUAUGUGUACUGUGUGAGAGAGAGAGAGAGCAUGGUCUUGCCUUAUGGUCCAUUGGUAGUUCAAAAUUUCAAGAGUUUCAAGCUUGUUUAUAUUCUCAUUUCUGUACUUUCUUUUAUAAUUUUUAAGAUGAGUUCCUUCAUUACUGCCAAGAGUAUGUUUUCUUUUUGCCUUUACCUUGAGGCUGACUUUUCACCUGAGGUACAACCAAUAUAGAGCUUUAAAAGGCUGGCUACUUGUUAUUUCAAAUGGGGAACUUUAUGUAUAAUAGUUUGCUGUCAUGUACCUGUACUUCAAAACUGUAUUAAGGGAAGACAACUGUCUCAAUAAAAUCACCAUGAGAAAAAUUCUUUGUUAUUUCAAAAUGUUAUUGUUUUAAGUCUGCCUUUAAUCAUAGCUUUAAAAAUAUUUAUUUGCUAAUAAAAGAAAAUGUUGAAUGGUAAAGUGAGUUUAGUGCCCAUUAUUUCUGGUCUUUUAAUUUUUUUUUAAUUCUUUACUGCUUUAAAAACAAUAAAAUAAUGUGUCUGAAAAAUAUAUAUUGAAUGGUCACGCUGGGACUGUGUUUUAUAAUAGCAACAGAACAUUUUAUUGUUUAGUUUGCCCAGCUUUAUAACUAGUUAUUAUUUCAGAUUUAUUACCUAAGCACUUUAGAGAUAGAAAGUGUCAUAUUACUCUCCAACAUGUAAUAUUUUAAUUCCCAUGCCCCUUUUAUCUUUUAAGAUAUCCUGAAACUGUAUUCGUUCAUGUAUCCAAAUUUCUUUACGGUGAUUAUUAUGCUCAUUGAUUUAAAAUUAAUCAAUUAAGCUUUAUUGCAAACAAAUAAAAUUUUUUAGUAUAUUUUAAGACAGUGUAAAAUUUGAUUUUUUGCAUUUUUGUUGUCAGUUUGCUUUUUGGGCUAUGUUUCUAAAUAAAUGUUCAUUUGGAACUGUCAAACAGAAUGUCUACAUACUUUAGGGACCUAAUGAGAUGCCUUUAAAGGUAUAUCUCAAUCCAUAUUUGUGUAGAGGCAGCACUUCCUUCUAAAACGUUUAAUAGAAUCAGGCAAAGCCAUAAGCUAAAAUAUUCAUUUUCUUCUUCAGUACACAGCAGGUAGACUCUCUCCACACACUUUCACCUGUUUGGAAGAUGAGGCCUAGUAAUAAUUUGAAAUGACCAAAGGAGAGGCAGAACUCUUACACCAGAGUUAAGAUUUCUGCCUGAGUAUCUACCAUUUCCUCCACCUUGAAUCCAGCAUCCCCCUCCCAGCAUUCCGCUACUGUCACUUCUCCUGAUGCUUCAGAUUACAACUCUUUUACCCGUUUCACCCAGUCUGGCAAGAGCUCUUUCUUUAAUCUCUGCAUUGCAGGUAGCAUUCGGUUCAAUAUAUCUGUGAAUUAGUAAAUACAAUUAAUUAUAGUAGGGAGCUAACAGCUAUUGAAUGUUUCCAGUAUUUGAAGCAGUGUGCUAAAUGCUUUACCAGCAUUAUCUCAUGUAAUCUUUACAACUGUCUUUGAGGUGACAGUAGUUUUAUUAUUUUAAGUUUUUUAUUUCCAUAGGUUUUUUGGGGAACAGGUGGUAUUUGGUUACAUGAGUAAAUUCUUCAGUGGUAUUUGUGAGAUUUUGGUGUACCCAUCUCCUGAACAGUAUACACUGAACCCAGUUUGAAGUCUUUUAUCCCUUACCCCCUUCCCACCCUUUCGCUCUGAGUCCCCAAAGUCUGUUGUGUCAUUCUUAUGCUUUUGCAUUGAGGUGGGUAGUAGUUUUGUACAGCAUUUUAUAGAUGGGAAGACAGGUUUGGAAGGGUUAAGUAACUAACUUGCUGAAGGUCACAUAGCAAGUAAACGGCAGAACUAGGAUUUCAACCUUGUUUCUGACUUCAGAGCUCAAGUGUUUUGAGGUCUUGCUUUUCUGUUUCCAUUUGCAAAAUAGAUUUAGGUGAACUGCUCUAGAACAGCACUGUCCCAGUAGGACUUUCUGUUAUGAUAGACCUGUUCCUUAUCUGCCCUGUCCAGUACAGUGGCCACUAGCCAUAUGUGGACAUCGAGUAUUUGAAAGGUGACUAGUGCAACUAAAUAACUGAUUUUUAAUUUUAAUUUAGAUACCAAUAUGUGACUUGAGGCUACUGUAUUGGACAGCAUAGAUCUAGAAAAAUAGCUUCUUAAGCUUAAACUUAUAAGUAUAUGCUUAAACUUAUGCUUAUAUUGGGUAAGAGUAAACUACGAGGUCAUUUUGAUGGUGCUGGUAGUUAGGUAUUUAUGUUGUCUAUGUGUAUAAAUACAUACAUACAUAACUACAUACUACAUAACUACUUGUAGUAUGUAUUUAUUUAUCUCCCCUCUGCUAUCCACCAUUAUAUUCUAAGGACUCUUAAAUAUUGUGGGAGAAAAUUUAAGUAAAAUACCUUUGUCAGUUCUAUUAAUUGGUUAGAUAUUUAUUUUAAAUUUCUUAUCAAAAUGAAAGCAAUAUUGCAAAUGAUUGUUUUUAAUACAGACUUUGAGGCUACUGAAACUGGAAAGUUUAUGGUUCAGCAGUGUCUGCAGCCUAGAGAGAGAAAUAGGACUUCCCCAAGGAUGUGGAGUUUAAAGGCAAAACCAGGACUAGUAUUCAGUCCCGAUAGUUCAAUGUGUUGCUUAUUUCACUGAUAGAAUGUGGAUGCAUUUUAUAAACUUAGAGAAUUUAGAAAACUCAUAAGUAAGGAAAAUUGGGAGUUCUUAUCCAUGAUCAUGAGGUGCAUUGGAAAAGAGUUGGCUGGGCGCAGGGGCUCAUGCCUAUAAUCCCAGCACUUUGGGAGGCCGAGGCAGGUGGAUCAUUUGAGGUCAGCAGUUUGAGACCAGCCUGACGAACAUGGUGAAACCCCAUCUCUACUAAAAAUACAAAAAAUUAGCCUGGCGUGGUGGUGGGUACCUGUAAUCCCAGCUACUCAGGAGGCUGAGGCAGGAGAAUCGCUUGAACCUGGAAGGCAGAGGUUGCAGUGAGCUGAGAUUGCACCAUUGCACUCUAGCCUGGGCAACAAGAGCGAAACUCCCUCUCAAAAAAAAAAAAAAAAAAAAAAAAUUGGAUUUAUUUUUCCUGGAGAGGUGAAGGGUCAUGACAGCAGUGAUGAACUGUUUUCAGAGCCUUAACAUUCUUUAUUAAGCUUAUUCUGUGUGAUUUUGGGGAGUAGAACUAGUGCUGCUAUGUUAAAGUUAGAGGGAAACCAUUUUUUUUGCUUGAUAAAAGCCUUCAUCUUCAGCCAGGGCUUUCUAGAGAAAUAAUGGGAGACAUCAGUACAUAAUAAGAGCUCUACCUUUAGAGGAACUGAAAAUGAAUUUAUUUGCUUAUUUCAGAGAGAUUUUCAGUUAUUAGAUGGGUGGUGGUAGUACUAGAAUUAUA